AUGGCAGUUUCGAGAAGCCGAGGCGGUGGGGUGUGGGACACCGACACCGACGAUACCAACAACUUCAGUUUCAACAUCGACCACGAGGAUGAUAGUGGUCAGCAUGGAGGAAGGAAAGAACACGGGGUCGUCGCGAUGGCCAGAGGUGACGCUGCGACGACGGAAUCGCCGCUUUUCCGGCUGUCAGAGAGAGUGAAGGGGGCGGCAAGGGCGUCAGGAGAGCGCAGGAUGCUCAAGAAAACUGCUAGCGGCUGCAGCCUCUCCCCUCGCCCGGGAGACUACGCCAACAAUCACAGCGGCUCCUCUGCAAAACUGGCGGCAUGCCAAGCACAGCUGGAGGAGGUGCUGCAGGCGCACCAGGCUAGCCAGCAGGAGACUGCGGAACUAAGGAGACAGUGUGCGUCGGAUCAAGACCAGACAAGGCGCACGGCUCGUCAACUACAGCAGCUGCAGCAAACUAGAUCAAAGGAGAGCAAAGCGAAGGAAGAGGAAGUUUUGAGCGUUGCUUCGCUCUCGGCGAGAGUAAACGAACUGGAACAAGAGCUGGGAUCGUCUCGAAGGGCUGCAAGGCAGUCGGAGACAGACAAGAAGUCACUAGAAGUACGGCUUCACCGGGCUCUCGAGGAGGCUUCUAAACAGAAGGAAGCCGUGCGCCAGACGAGGGGACAGCACAAGGACCUUGGCCAGGGACAGCGUCUGGAAAUGGCUCGGCUAGAGGGACAUUGCCAGCGCUUGGAGAGGCAGAAGCUUGAGUUGCUAUCUGCAUUCAAGAAGCAGCUCAAGCUCAUCGACGUUUUGAAGCGCCAAAAGUUCCAUGUGGAGGCGGCUCGUCUGCUGGGUUUCACGGAGGAAGACUUCGUCAAGACUCUAGACUGGGAUUCCAAAUGA